CAUUUCUUUUUGAUUGAAGUAUUAUUCAAUGGUCACUCCCAAGUACAAUGAGAUAAUAAUACUUUGGCUAAAAUAGAUAGGCAACUGCUGGCACUCCUAUUUAGCGUUUUAGUGAAGCAUCUGAAUUAUAGUUUUAUCGGAAAAAUGGUCAGAUUGCUUUUAUUUACUGUGUUGGCUGUGAAUUUUUAUAUAAUCGGUGUUUUAGCAGAAACAUGCACACUUAAGUUCAAUAAAGCCAAACCAGGACUGUUCACAGCAAAAGUCGACAAAAAUGACAUAAUACAAGAUCCACAGAAAGGUUUUAUCAAAUUCGACAGCUCUUCUGGGUUGGAUACCUAUUGCAGCACUGGCUUCAGAAAUUAUGCAGCAAUAACCACGUCCAAAUUGGUAUACCAGCUAAAAUUCACUUGCUCCGCCGGCAGUCUCAUGUACCAAACUCCUGAGGGUACAAGCAUGGAAUUAGCCAACAAUGAUGGUAAUCUUUUGUGUGAGGAUGAGGCGCAAUAUUAUAUCCAGACUGUUCAGUAUUGCAAAAACACUGGACUCGUUUAUGGAUUCAAUGUUGGGAAUACGACCUCAAUUUCGUUUGCCGAGAUUUGCUAUGAUCUCAAAAAUUAUAGGGCAGAAUUUGUGCAUUAUGUUGCUGGAGUCCGAACUAAGUUAGUAGACAAUCAGUUCGAUUUCAAUCCUAACAACAGCACAAAAUCCUUUCCUGCCUUCAAAUCUUAUACAACUGACGACAAGAUCUUCCUAGAAGAGUAUAAAAAUUUACCAGUAGCACUCCGCAUGAAAGCGGCCAACUAUGCUAAUUUAAUGACUUCUCGGAUAGCUAAUUUGAUUCCCGUUGAACAAAUAGCUGGCAUCAUGGAGCCAUAUGUGUCGAGCUUCCGGAAUAUGGGUGCAAUUGCAUGGUGGAGCAACCUCUUGGAUUACAAUUGGCGACAACUACAGUAUCUUAUCAGAGACUUAUCACAAGUGGGCUGGUAUGAAGUAUAUGCGGGAUUUUCAGACGAAGUUGCGCUCCCCUCCGAAGGUCGAAAUUUAUCAUUCACUUAUGAGGUAUCAAUAUCACCGCUCCAAACACUUAGCAGAAGCAUUCCUUUAUACGUUUGGAAUUAUGUGAAAAAAGGUGAUAACAAGGAUUCCGGGGUGGUUAUUAUCGGGGUGAAUUCACCAUUCUUCUCCAACGAAGCAAAGGAGGCAGUAUUCUGCCAAGAUAUUUGCGAUAAGAUUUCAUGGAUGAAUCCACUGAAAAAUACCAGGAAAUUUGCGACUAUGGGAUACAUUUUUUGCUGUCAUCCGCAAGAUGUCAAGACAAGAUUAACUGGAUUUCCACUAAUUUAAAGAUAUUUUGGAAAAAUUGCAGUGAAUUUGGUAGUUUUUAAAUUUUCGUUAGAAAUCGACUUAUCGCAAUUUUUUAAUAUUAAA